CCAUCGUUACGGAACUCAAAAUCAGGUUUAGAACCCAUUUUAAAACCACAAAACAAAUCGGAAGCAGGUGAGAGAGAGAGAGAGAGAGAGAGACGCAUUAGAAUUUGAAAAAACGACUCUAUUGCUAUCACGUUCUCUCUUUUUUUUCUCUCUCUACAAUUUUUUUUUUUUCUCUCUCUCUCUCUCUAUUCUUUCCACUCUCUCAACGCCGACAUCGUAACGGUUCGCCGUCGCUCAACGGCGGCGCCGCUUGGCCUACGCCGGCGAUUUCUCGAAGCUUAUCAGCCACCGCGAUCUCUGUAUUUCUUUCAUCUAAGCUGUUUCCUAUAUAUUUUUUGUUUGUAUAUCAGAAUAAGCAUUAAAAGGCAUACAAAAUGAUUGGAUCGUUUCUUACCAGAGGACUUGUAAUGGUUUUUGGUUAUGCUUAUCCAGCUUAUGAGUGCUUCAAAACUGUGGAAAUGAAUAAACCAGACAUUGAGCAACUUCGCUUUUGGUGCCAGUAUUGGAUUUUAGUUGCAAUGUUGACAGUUGGUGAGAGGAUUGGUGACACUUUCAUUUCAUGGCUUCCAAUGUACAGCGAAGCUAAGUUGGCAUUCGUCAUAUAUCUUUGGUAUCCUAGAACAAAGGGAACCACAUAUGUUUACGAUUCAUUCUUUAAACCAUACGUUGCAAAGCAUGAGACAGAAAUUGAUCGGAAUUUGUUGGAACUGAGGACUAGGGCAGGAGACAUUGCAGUUUUGUAUUGGCAAAGGGCCGCGAGCUAUGGUCAGACUAGAAUUUUUGAGAUUCUACAAUAUGUUGCUUCACAGUCUACACCAAGACCUCGCCCUUCUCAGCCGCAGCAACCAGGUGCUAGAGUUCGCCAACCUGCACCUGCACCAAAUCGCAAACCAGCUGCUACAACGAAACCUCAGAGCGAAGAACCACCUUCUCCUACUUCUAGUACAUCUUCAAGUCAACACCAACAAGAGGAGGUAACACAGGAGUUGGGUAAUUCACAAACACCUGCAGCAGCUUCCCCUGCAGCUGGCUUGAAUGAACUUAAAACAGCUGUGACACAGCCUACUACAGAAAUCAUCAACCGUUCAGACUCAAAUGGAACAGAAGCAAUGCAGAUUGAACAAGCGACGACUUCUUCAGCCGAUGACAGUGCGAACCCUCCCCCACAAGAGACCGUGAUGGAGGAAGCCAUCAGGGUUACACGUGGCAGAUUGAGGAAAAACCGUGCUGCAGCGACUCGUUAAAUAACAAAGUCAGCUUCUUCCUCCUCAAAUUACCUUGCAAAAUAUGAGUAUUUAGGCAGUAGAUGGACAGAUGGAUUAUGGAAUGUUGAUGUACAUUUUACCAUUGUUCAAUUUCAUUUGUUGCUUCUGUGA